AUGUCAAAUGAAAUACUGAUCUUUGGCGCAGGAGCUAUCGGGGCUUUUUAUGGCUCGCGUCUUGCAACCGACAAGAACGUCAAUGUCUCAGUUUUUGGGGACUAUGAGUGGCAACCAACGAGGACUUUUGGCAAUGCUUCGGAAGCUCAAAAAGCCGGUGUGAAGUGGGAUUAUGUGAUCGUCAGCACGAAGGCACUUCCUGAUGUUAGCGAUGACUCUGAGCUGUUGCAAGGAUUGAUCAGUGAAGGCACGGCGGUUGUACUAAUACAGAACGGUCUAGGGGUGGAGGAACCAUACUAUCGUCGAUAUCCUCAAGCCAGUAUACUAAGUGCAGUGACAAUCACAUCAGCCGCCCAGCCAGACCAUGGAGUCAUUAAACACAACAAAUGGACAAGAAUAAAUUCAGGUCCUUAUCCUUCUGACAGUCAAGCCGCAACGAAGAAGAACAGACUGUUGAAUGAGCUCCUGGUCAAGGCUGGAAUCAAGGAUGCUUCGCCUUAUGAUGCAGCAAAGAUGCAGCUGUUGAGAUGGCAUAAGAUUGCAAUCAAUGCCGCUUUCAAUCCUUCCUCGGUACUCUCCCAGGGUGCGGACAACGCGUCGAUGGCGCAAGACCCAGACCUAUAUGAACACCUCAAAGCUGUUAUGGAGGAAGUAUUUACUGCAGCACAGAAGGUGAUGGGCCAACCAUUUCCCGAGGAUUUUGCUUCAGCUGAACAAAUCCUGAACAGUACGAAGAGAAACACGAGUGGUAGUAAACCAAGUAUGCAACUCGACUGGGAAAGCGGCAAAAAGAUGGAGCUGGAGGUAAUCCUAGGAAACCCCGUCAGACUUGCUCGAGAGAAGGGUGUGGACAUGCCGCGAUUACAGACAAUGUAUGCGCUGUUGAAGAUGGCGCAAACGAAGCGGGAGAAUGCUUCCAAGUCCAAGAUGUGA